UUGAAUCAGUCUUUCUUAGCUACAAAUAUACUAAUAAACAAGAAAACAAAACAAUAAUGCCAAUGAUGACUUUUGGCUUGCUCGUACGUUAUUAUAAGAACCGACAAAAAACCGAAGACCAACAAGAAGAAAGGAAACAUAAGUUCUUCAUCUUCCUCCUCCUCUUCCUCUUCGUCUCGCAGUAAACUUCUUGAUAUGAUCGGACAAAAGGAAGUCACAAGAAUCUUGAUUCUGUUUCUUGGUUUGACUGCUUCAUGUCUGGUCUUAUACAAAACAGCUUAUCCUCUGCAACGACUUAAUGUCAACAAUCUCAGCUCUCUUGUCGCUUCUCCAUCUCCACCAUUACCAAAGUUAUCAGAGAUUUCUCAAGAAACAGCUAAACGAAAGAUCAGUUUCAAGGAGAUUUUGGAGAAUGCGUCCACGAAGAACAAUACAGUGAUUAUAACGACACUGAAUCAAGCUUGGGCAGAACCAAACUCUUUGUUCGAUCUCUUCUUAGAGAGUUUUCGUAUUGGACAAGGAACACAACAACUGUUGAAACAUGUAGUAGUUGUUUGUUUGGAUGGCAAGGCGUUUGAACGAUGCUCACAACUGCACCCUAAUUGUUACCACAUUGAGACCACAGAAACUGAUUUCUCGGGGGAGAAAGUUUACAACACUCCUGAUUAUCUCAAGAUGAUGUGGCGCAGAAUCGAGCUUCUUACACAAGUUCUUCAGAUGGGGUUUAACCUCAUAUUUACGGACGCAGACAUAAUGUGGCUGCGAGAUCCCUUUCCUCGGCUAUAUCCAGACGGAGACUUUCAAAUGGCAUGUGAUAGAUUUUUCGGAAACCCUUUUGAUUCAGACAACUGGGUCAAUGGAGGUUUCACAUACGUGAGAUCAAACAAUAGAAGCAUUGAGUUCUACAAAUUUUGGCACAAAUCUCGACUGGACUAUCCAGAGUUACAUGACCAAGAUGUGUUCAACAGAAUCAAGCACAUGCCUUAUAUCACUGAGAUUGGAAUCCAAAUGAGAUUCUUUGAUACAGUUUACUUUGGUGGGUUUUGUCAAACAAGUAGAGACAUAAACUUGGUUUGCACGAUGCACGCAAAUUGUUGCAUUGGAUUAGAGAAGAAGCUUCAUGAUCUGAAUCUUGUUCUUGAUGAUUGGAGAAAGUACCUGUCAUUGUCGGAACAUGUGCAGAACACGACUUGGAGUGCUCCUAUGAAGUGUUUGGAGGAUUGAGGACUUUGUGUUUGUUCGGAGGAUCGAUGAUUUUUUGGGAUGAAAGUUAUUUUAAGAAUGAAGUGUUUAUUGUGGUGUAAUUGAUUGCUCUCUACUCUAAUUCUCUAAAUAAUCAAAUCGGUUUUUCUUUUCUGGUUA